CGAUCCCACAUACAUCCCACCUUCAACGAAGCCCGCGCCAACAGCAACAAGCACCACAAUAUGUACUAUGACCUCAACAUCCCAUACACGAGCGCGUCCGAAAUUCCGCGGACCCUCUCCUUUUUGAACACAUUAGGAUACACGACCGUUGCGCUCUCGACCACACUCACGGGGAAGCUUCCCUCACAACUCCCGACACCACCCACGCUGCCCGCGGACGACAAACUCACCCUCCUGACGCGGUGCACGCUGGUUCUCUCGGACCCCAGCCAAAACCACCGACUCGCUUCCCUAAGCACUCUCUACUCUCUCCUAGCCCUCCGCCCCACCUCCGAAAAACUCCUUCUACAAGCAUGCAGUAGCCUGGAAUGCGAUCUGAUAUCUCUCGACUUCUCGCAGCGGCUGCCGUUCCAACUGAAGCACAAGACCGUGGGUGCUGCACUGCUGCGUGGCCUGAGCUUCGAGAUUUGCUAUGGCGCGUCGAUCACCGAUGUGCGCGCAAGACAGAAUUUGCUACAGAAUGCGGCGAGCUUGAUUAGGGCUACGAGGGGCGGGCGCGGAAUUAUUGUUAGCAGUGAGGCCAGACAGGCACUGGCUUUGAGGGCCCCCAAUGAUGUGAUUAAUUUGGCGGUGCUAUGGGGACUCGGCCAGGAAGCGGCGAGGGAUGCGGUUGCGGGGAGGUGCAGAGUCCUGAUGAGGCAGGCGGAGAUGCGGAGGAGGGCGUUCAAGGGCGUGGUGGAGGUCAUUGAUGAUGGCGUUGGGGAGGAGGAAAAGGCGGAGAGGGAGAAGAAGAGAAAGGCGAGUGAGCAGGGAGGCGGGACGGGGAAGAAGGGAAAGCAAGGUGGGAAUGCGCAGGUCGGGGGUGGAGAGGCAGGACAAAAGCUGUCGAAAAAGGAGAGGAGAGCACAGGCACAAACUGCGAAGACGGCGGUGGCCACAGGUUCAUAGGUUAAUCGCACUGCCCAGUGGGUAAUUGGGGUAACAAAAGUUGGUAUACAUAGGGCGUUCUUUUCAUACA